CGGCCAGGAUGGAGAGGAGACGGGUCACCUCAGCUCGCCGCUCCUACGUCUCCUCCUCGGAGAUGGUGGUGGGGGGCCGCCGCCUGGGUGCUGGCACCCGCCUGUCCCUGGCUCGGAUGCCGCCUCCACUCCCGGCCCGAGUGGACUUCUCCCUGGCCGGGGCGCUCAACUCCGGCUUCAAGGAGACCCGGGCCAGUGAGCGGGCGGAGAUGAUGGAGCUCAACGACCGCUUCGCCAGCUACAUCGAGAAGGUGCGCUUCCUGGAACAGCAAAACAAGGCGCUGGCUGCCGAGCUGAACCAGCUGCGGGCCAAGGAGCCCACCAAGCUGGCCGACGUCUACCAGGCCGAGCUGCGCGAGCUGCGGCUGCGGCUCGAUCAACUCACCGCCAACAGCGCCCGGCUCGAGGUGGAGAGGGACAACCUGGCACAGGACCUGGGCACCCUGAGGCAGAAGCUCCAGGAUGAAACCAACCUGAGGCUGGAGGCUGAGAACAACCUGGCCGCCUAUCGACAGGAGGCAGAUGAAGCCACCCUGGCCCGUCUGGAUCUGGAGAGGAAGAUUGAGUCUCUGGAGGAGGAAAUCCGGUUCUUGAGGAAGAUCCAUGAGGAGGAGGUGCGGGAGCUCCAGGAGCAGCUGGCCCAGCAGCAGGUCCACGUGGAGAUGGAUGUGGCCAAGCCCGACCUCACAGCAGCACUGAGAGAGAUCCGCACACAGUACGAGGCAAUGGCGUCCAGCAACAUGCAUGAGGCGGAGGAGUGGUACCGGUCCAAGUUUGCGGACCUGACUGACGCCGCUGCCCGCAACGCAGAGCUGCUCCGCCAGGCCAAGCACGAGGCCAACGACUACCGGCGCCAGCUGCAGGCCUUGACCUGCGACCUGGAGUCCUUGCGCGGCACGAACGAGUCCCUGGAGAGGCAGAUGCGCGAGCAGGAAGAGCGCCACGCGCGGGAGGCGGCGAGUUACCAGGAGGCGCUGGCCCGGCUGGAAGAGGAGGGGCAGAGCCUCAAGGACGAGAUGGCCCGCCACCUGCAGGAGUACCAGGACCUGCUCAACGUCAAACUGGCCCUGGACAUCGAGAUCGCCACCUACAGGAAGCUGCUGGAGGGCGAGGAGAACCGUAUCACCAUCCCUGUGCAGACCUUCUCCAACCUGCAGAUCCGAGAAACCAGCCUGGACACCAAGUCUGUGUCAGAAGGCCACCUCAAGAGGAACAUCGUGGUGAAGACUGUGGAGAUGCGAGAUGGAGAGGUCAUUAAGGAAUCCAAGCAGGAGCACAAGGAUGUGAUGUGAGGCAGGACUCACCUGGUGGUCCCUGCCCCACAGUGUGAAGGGCCAGCCUCAGAAGUCGGGGUAGUUGCCCCUCCUCUGCUAGUUAAUUUCCCCAGACUUGAGUUCCCACCCACCCCAGCUGCUCCUCUUCCCCCCCCAUCUCUAUGCCAGCUUGCUGCCCUAGGCUCCAUCAGCAUUAAGCCUGCCAGACAGCACCCACCCCGCAUGCAGCAACUCUAACAGGGCACUCACCCCAAAGUGGAGGCCUGGAGGGGCAUGGAAGCUUGCGUUAGAAUUGGGAGGGAGGAGAGAAGUUGGGGAGGGCAGGGAGACCUAAUAAGUCACCCUCCGUAUCCGAAUCCCUGUUGUCAUGGCAACUGUUGCCAGAGCCGGAGGUGUCUGGGGGUAUCUGGGAAUGGGGCCUUUGAGUCUCCUCGGGCUGCUGGAGGAAAACCGAGACUCUGAGAUAGGCAGGGGAAGUCCCCAUGGGCAAGGCGGCCUUGGGGGUUACUCUUCUAGACUGACUCUGACCAGUCUGAGGGUGGGUGGGGCGACCCUGCCACCUGGAGUAGUCACCAGACAGAAUUCCUGGCCUGCCCAGAUCGUAGAGGGGCCUCCUGAGGGAUGGUUCAAGUGUCUCAGCCCCUUUGAGCUGCCACGUGGGCGUGCUGUGGGCCCAUGGGAGCUUGAUUCUCAGCACUUGGGGAACUACAGUGUACGUGGAGAGGGAAGGGGUGCUGGGAGGGAGUAGAAGGGGGCCUGGCCCCUAGCUGUGGGUACAGAGAGGUCAAACCCAUGAGGACCCCCCAAUACAGGGGUAGGGAGAGAUGGUGGAGGAAGCGGUUGGGAUGAUGCCAGACAUCAGGGUGGGGGGCUGUGGGUGAGCAGUUACACUUGGCCUCUGGGUCGUGGGAAUCAAGAAAGUGACUCAUCCUCUUGAAGAUGCUGAAACAGGAAAGAAAGAGGCUGCUGUUCACGGGGGCAGGGCCCGCUUUGUUCCAGCUCUAAAGGCUCUUUCCUUGCUGCGUCAUCCCUGUCCACCCAGGCCUGUGAGCCCCUGCCGCUGCCGCCUGACCCCAGCAAAUACUGCUAGGCGAAGCCUCUGCUGCGCACCCAACCCUCUCCUUCCCCCAGUGACUGCUGCUCUUCCCUAAGCCAAGGCCCCUGUGGUCCCCUCUCAGUCAAAUAUAAAACGUACCCCCAUGUUUUAGGUAGCACCCUAUAUUAGAAUUUGGGAGCCCGAGGCCCACGCAGAGUGAAGACACUGGUUUGUGUUCCUGCAGGCUGGAGGUAGGACAGCUUGGGCAGAUGCUUUCACCCUGAGCACCUGUUCUGCUGUCUAUGGGAAGACUGGUGGGCACGAGAUAAUCAGUGCCCACAAGUGGGGCUCAGAGGGCCCACUCCAGGGUCCCCAUCUCCCUCUAAAGCAGAGGGAGGGAGAAGUAGGAGUCCCUCUCCCUUUCCAAGACGGAGUGCCCUUCCCCCACUCCCUCCUACCACCACUGCCGCUAACCUUUGGGGCACCGCGGCUGCCUUUAGUCACUGACAUAAAUAAAGACAAGUGCUGUGGCCUUCCCCAGA